AUGCCUUUUGCCCUCAUCUGGAGACUGCAAAUGGCUAACAAGGUCAAGGCAUCUGUCAUUGGACUUUUGGGUUUGGGUUUUUUCGCAUCCAUUGCCCCGAUUGUUCGACUAAAGUACCUCCUCUUGUUGAACGACUCCACCAAGUUCCUCCAAGGCCUGAGCAUCAUCCUCGCUUGGGCCCAGGCAGAAGUCGGCAUCGGAAUGCUCGUCGCGAACCUCCCCGCCUGCCGGCCCCUUCUUGAACGAGCACUAUCGCGUCUUACAUCUUUGACCAACUCGAAGAACAAAUCCACAAAGGACCCUGCGACAUCGGCAGCAGUCAAGAAUAGCUAUCUUGAGCUGGGCGAGAGGGACACUACCAAGAAGAACAUCAGCGCCAACCGCUCUGGCGUCGAGACGAGAGUAUACGGCAGGGAUAUGGGCAAUGUUAGUAGUGAGAGCUUGCCUGAUGAUCACAGCCAGAAAAGAAUUGUAAGCAAGAGCGGCUUCGGCGCGAUUCGGGUGCAAAGAGAAUUCGACAUGGAGAUUGAGAAGAAGCCUGGCGACAACGUGGUGUGA